CCUGGCUUCCGCCCGGCUGGCUAGUUUGCUGACAGUCCUGGAGGCAGCAGCGAUGGCAGCUUCUCGCGCAGUCCGCCACCUGUUGCUGAGGCGACUGGCAGCGCCCACCCAGCUGGGCUUCCACGUCGGCCCUCGCCCCCUGAGUUCCUCCGUGCAGGAGGCCUCCAAGGCAGCCCCCUCAGAAGCCCCAGACCACAGCUAUGAAUCCCUGCAGGUGACAUCUGCUGGGGCGCACGUCCUCCACGUGCAGCUGAACAGGCCUGACAAGAGGAACGCCAUGAACAAGGCCUUCUGGAGGGAGAUGGUGGAAUGCUUCAACAAGAUAGCCAGGGACUCCAACUGCAGGGCUGUGGUGCUCUCAGGUGCAGGAAAAAUGUUCACUUCAGGAAUCGACCUCAUGGACAUGGCUUCCGACCUGCUGCAGCCCGAGGGAGACGACGUGGCCCGCAUCAGCUGGUACCUGCGCGACCUCAUCACCAGGUACCAGCAGACCUUCAGCGUCAUUGAAAAGUGCCCCAAGCCUGUGAUCGCCGCCGUCCAUGGGGGGUGCAUUGGAGGAGGUGUGGACCUUGUCACUGCCUGUGACAUCCGCUACUGCACCCAGGAUGCUUUCUUCCAGGUCAAGGAGGUGGACAUAGGCCUGGCCGCUGACGUCGGGACGCUGCAGCGACUGCCUAAGGUCAUCGGGAACCAGAGCCUGGUCAACGAGCUGGCCUUCACUGCCCGCAAGAUGAUGGCGGACGAGGCGCUGAGCAGUGGACUGGUCAGCCGUGUGUUCGCCGACAAGGAGGCCUUGCUCGAUGCCGCCUUCGCGCUGGCUGCCGAGGUGUCCAGCAAGAGCCCUGUGGCCGUGCAGAGCACCAAGGUCAACCUGCUGUACUCGCGGGACCACCCGGUGGACUUGGCGCUGGACUACGUGGCCUCCUGGAACAUGAGCAUGCUGCAGACCCAGGACAUCGUGAAGUCGGUGCAGGCGGCCAUGGAGAAGAAAGACCUGAAGAGCAUCACCUUCUCCCACCUCUGAGCUCCAGGCCCGGCCGCCCCCAGUGCCUGCCUCCUCCUGUGUACUAGGAGGAUUCAAGUCGGGCCUCUAGUGCCCUCUCAGCGCUCUCAAGUCUUAUCACUUUAUGGCGUUGGUGUCCUCCCAUUCAGGCUUUUCUCUUUCCUGAAAUCAAUUUUUUUUUAAAUGUUCUGGAGCGAGCCAAGCCCAUUACUGGAGCAGGGAGAGGACGGCUGGAGGCCCGGGGUCUUCCAGGAAGGCAGUUGUGAAGUUGGGGUAGAGGUUAUUUUGCUGUUCUGAAACAAGUUGUUAUUGUGUAGCCUAGGCUGCCCAGCGUCAUUUGAUCCUCAUGUCUUAGCCUCUCUAGUGAUGGGAUUACGUGGGUGAGUCACCCUAGUGGUCAACGAAGAUAUCUGAAGGGUCAGUGAUGACCACAUAGGGUCAACAGGAAAGGGUUGCAUGAACAUUCUGGAACUUGAGUGGCACAGGGUCCCUUUGGCUACAUUCAGAGUCACCUAUAGAGUUUCAUCAGAGGAAAUGAUCUGUGGGAGGAACUCCAAACCUAUAUUCUUUCUUUUUCUUUUUCUUUUUUUCUUCUUGAGACUUGAUCAGCUUAUGUUGCCCUGGAUGACCUUGAACUUUCUAUUAGCCUGUUCAUGUCUCCCUAAAUAUUAUGUCUCACUAAAAUAAAGAGCUCACAUAUAUAGAUGUCAUCUUUAUUUUUACUUUUUGUUGUGCUGAAGAUCAAAUAUAGGACCUCAAACAUAGUACCAGAAACAAUUUAAUACAAUUUCUGGUGUUUAUACUGAGAUGUGAACUAAGGGCCCGGAUGAUAUGAACUAACAAUCCAGCCUAGGUUUUUUGCUCAUUUGUUGCAGGUGGAGUCUAUUGAACUAUUAAACUUUUCUCAAACCUC